AUGUCCGACGACGAUGAUUACAUGUCCAUGGUGAUAGAGGAGCCCAAGCAGAAAGAGAGCUUUACCCAGAAAAAGCGCCGCGAACAACGCGAGGCUGAAGCCCGAGGCAGAGUCCCCUCCAAGGCAGAACGCGCCGCACAAGAAGCCGCUCGUCGCGAUGAAGCUCUGGCGACCAGCACUCUCAACCCUACCAACAAGGGUUUCCAGAUGAUGGCCAAGCUUGGUUUUAAGCCUGGCGAAUCACUUGGAAAACGCGCACCCAUCCUUGAUACAGAGACCACCUCCGACUCGGAUAAAGCGCGUUCUGAACCGCUAAAUCUUAUUUUCAAAGAGAAUCGCGGAGGUAUCGGACUGGAUACAGAAAAAAAACGCAAGAUACGCGAGGAAGCUGAAGAGGCAGUUAAAAAGGUGAAGCAUGAGGAGGGCACUUAUCGGGAUCGCGUCCGCGAAGAGCGUGAGUUGAAACGGACCGAGGCGCAAGUGCGCGCUGCGCAGAAGGUCGCGGAGAGGCUGGAGGCUGAGGCUGAGGCUGAAGCUGAGACAACGACUGAGAAUGGAGACGGGGGGAAGCAGAAGCAGAAGUCUACCGGAAACGAAGAGGACUCUGCUGAAGAGCCUCACGGUGACAGUGAGCCAGCAUCCGGCGCCGCGCCCAAAAAGCCAGUCCCUAUCAAACCCACCUCUCAGAUCAACGUCCUUUACCGCGGUCUUGUCCGUGAGCGCGAAGAACGCGAUCGCGACCGUCAAAGCCGCCAUGCCCUCCAGUCAUCGCUCCCAUCAUCUUUCUUCCCCAGAGCGCGGCUGCCAGAAUAUGACGAUCCGACGAUGGACCGCGAAGACAAAAAGGCCCUUGGGCAAGUUGACCAAACUACAUCUGCGCUGGAGAUCGAGCUCGAGGAAGAGGACGAAGAACUUGAUGCUUUCAAUGCCCUCGAGCCUGCUGAACAGCUAGCAAAACUCGUCCUAUUUUUGCGCGAGAAGUACAGGUAUUGCUUCUGGUGCAAAUAUACCUAUGAGACGGAUGAAGACUUGGAGGGCUGUCCUGGCCUCACGGAGGAGGAUCACGACUGA